UCGCACCCAAUUCCUCUAACAUUCUCUUCAUCUUUUCUCGCUCAUUUCUCCCUCUGAUGAUCGCAAAUCGAUCCACUCUCCUGCGCAUUUAUCAGAAUUCGAUCAAAUUCUUGUAAUUAUUGGUGAAUCUUAACUGCAUCAGUUACUAAUUUCGCUCCGAUCACCACACCUAAUCCUGCAAUUUUAUCAAGGGCUCGACAGAAAAUCCCAGGAUCAAAAUGAGUCUGUGGAUGAUUGGCCACAAGAGCGAGGAUUGAUGUUACAUCUGAAGACCUUCAAAGAUGGAAUGGUGGAUUAUUGAUGCUCUGAUUGUCGCAUUCAGCAGGCACUAGUUGCUUUGAAGAAAGGAACACAGUUGAUCAAGUAUUCAGACUUUUUGACAGAUGUAGAAGAGAAGCCAAUAUAAACUUCUGUAGCUUAAGGUUUUAUAUUGGUGCAGUUGAAGAGCGAUCUUCUUUUGAAGAGAGGUGGAUGGUGCUGGCAAUAACUUUCACAAUAGUUGCUCAUUUAAGGAGAGUAGAAGGCAAAAUAUUCAAAUAUUCCAGUUAUAUUGAUUAUUAUUUGAACAGUUCUACUCACAUGUGGGAUCUGAAUAUACCAGUAUGCAAAUGAGAACGAGUAAUGUAGAUGCUUUCCGUAUUAGUAUCUCAAGUACUCCUAGUUGUUCAAAUCAGGUUUCUGGAACAGAUGACACAGACUCGCCUGGUGAUAUUUAUGUAUGGGGGGAGAUUUUGCAUGAUGAAAUAAUUAACGGAGCUAGGAAUCCAAAUCCAGUAAAAAAUGAUGUAUUGACUCCAAAAGUAGUGCAAUCAAAUGUAGUUCUUGAUGUGCAGAAAAUUGCUUGUGGCGUUCAGCACAUUGCACUUGUUACAAGGCAGGGUGAGGUUUUCACGUGGGGAGAGGAAUCUGGGGGCAGACUGGGUCAUGGAAUUGAGAAAGACUUCAGUGCUCCUCGACUAGUGGAAUUUCUGGCUUUUACAAAUAUUGAGUUUGUUGCCUGUGGUGAGUUUCAUACAUCUGCACUAUCUACGUCAGGUGACUUAUACACAUGGGGUGAUGGUACCCAUAAUGUGGGUCUUCUGGGCAAUGGAAAAAAUUGUAGCCACUGGAUACCAAAAAGAGUUUCUGGAUCUCUGGAGAGCCUCCAUGUUACAUCAGUUGCUUGUGGAACCUGGCAUUCAGCAGUGGUGACUUCCAUUGGAAAUUUGUUCACUUUUGGGGAUGGUACAUUUGGAGCUUUGGGUCAUGGUGAUCAUGAAAGUGUUGCAUAUCCAAAAGAGGUCCAAGCACUGAGAGGUUUGAAAACGGUUUCCAUUUCGUGUGGAGCGUGGCACACUGCUGCUAUUGUAGAAGUUUCAAGCCAUCCUGGAGGCAUCACUUCCUCAAGAAAGUUGUUCACCUGGGGUGAUGGUGAUAAAAAUCGACUGGGUCAUGGGAACAAGGACACUUAUCUUGUUCCAACUUGUGUUUCUGCUGUUAUUGAUUACAACAUCCAGCAGCUAGCUUGCGGACAUAACAUAACAGUUGCCCUUACUACAUCAGGCCAUGUUUUCACUAUGGGAAGUACUGAAUAUGGUCAGCUCGGUGAUCCACAAUCAGAUGGAAAGCGGCCUAGACUGGUACAAGAUGCAUUAGUGGGACAGUUUGUUGAACAAAUAUCAUGUGGUACACAUCAUGUUGCUGUUGUUACUGGAAGAAAUGAAGUAUUCACGUGGGGAAAAGGAGCCAAUGGUAGGCUGGGACAUGGGGAUCUGGAAGAUCGCAAUGUUCCAACAAUGGUUGAAACUCUCAAAGAUACACAUGUGAAGAGCAUUGUGUGUGGUUCAAACUACACAGCAAGCAUAUGCAUCCAUAAGUGGGUCUCCGGUCCAGAUCAAUCAUUGUGUACUGCUUGUAAGCAGCCGUUUGGUUUUACUCGAAAGCGGCAUGACUGUUUUAACUGUGGCCUGGUGCACUGUCAUGGUUGCCUUUCGAAAAAGUCGUUGAGAGCAGCACUUGCUCCAACUCCAGGUAAACCACAUCGAGUAUGUGAGUCCUGCUAUCUUAAACUUAAAAAGGGUGCUGAUACUAAAAAUGGAGCCAGUUUAACAAAGAGAGCACCAGGAACUUCUCAGCCGAUAGAUAGGGGAGUAGGCAAAACUUCACAAGUACUUCUCGGCAGCAGAGUGGACCCAGUAAGGUACCUUGAGUUUAAGCCCGGAAUACGUGGAACAAGUUCUUCCCAAGUGCCAUCACGUUUGCAGCUAAGGGAUGUUUCUUUCCCAAGCUCCUUUACUGUUCUGCAACGUGCUCUAAAACCUGUUACCACAACAGCUCCAUAUCCUCAGCAAGCCUCACCGCAACCUCAGCCCUACUCAAAACCUGUUUCUCCACCGUCACAAGCUAAUUCUGCAAUGUCAAUGGCUGCCUUAGAUAGUUUACAGGUCGCAAAUGAAAUACUGACCCAACAAGUUUCCAAACUGCAUAACCAAGUUAAGAGUUUAAAACAGAAAAAUGAAUCCCAAGAUGCAGGAAUUCAGAAGUUGAAGAAAGCUGCCCAAGAAACUACUUCUCUGGCUGCUGCUGGGUCUUCCAAAUGUUAUCAAGCAUUGCAAAAUGUUAAGACCAUCUCACAAAAAGUGAAUGAAAUUAAGGAGAAAAUACCUCCUGAGAUAUCUGAGAGUGAUUCCUUCAAAUUAGUGCAAGCUCAAGUUGAAUCUCUUCUGCAUAUAAGCGGGGCUCUAGCAUCUGAAGGUAGUUCUCUGAGGCCACCUGAACCAACACGCGAAUUGAAUACCCAGAAUAUUUAUGAAGCUUCAGUUGAUAAUAGUGGCUCAUCUAUUAGAAAUACUCAAUCAAGAGUCGAAGGCGUCCCUGGUACGCCCGAAACUGCAAGAGCUAACGCACAAAGAGAAGUAAUCGAGCAGUUUGAACCAGGUGUUUACGUGACACUCCAUCAGCUACCAAAUGGAACCAAGUUCUUUAAAAGGAUUAGAUUCAGUAAGCGAAAAUUCUCCGGGCAACAGGCAGAAGAAUGGUGGACAGAAAACAAAGAUAGAUUGCUCAGAAAGUACAAUCAAAGCAAUACAAAUAGCAUGACAGGUGACGGAAUUCCACCUGAGGUCUUCCACGAGACUGCACCCACUUUUGACGACGUUAAUGUUGUACAGGAGUGACUGGUUAGUCUGAAAUUACAGAAUAUUUAAGACUAUUGGAGUUGUUCACAACAUUUGUGAUAAUCCAGGUGAUAUUUAUGCAACUAGAUAUGGUUACCUACAUAGCCUGCAUUUAUUUUGACUCGAUUAUGAUUGGAGAAAUGAUCAAUACAAUGAAUACAUGCUCAAAUCACCAAUGCAAUUUUGACCUUAGUUACAACAUCAUGUCGCAAUUACAUAUAGCAAAUCGUGUGAGUUUAUUUGCAACUAAACGGAUCGAAAACAUUAAUAAAUAAAGAAGA